AAAUUGAUACUGACACUAAAUCUAUUCAAUCAGAUACAACACAAAUUGCUGAAUUAGUGGAAAUAAACAACCUUCUACAAGAAAAAAACAACGAACUCAAACUAUUAAUUCAGCUAUUUGAAAUAAUUAUCGCAGGAUUAUUAAGUGUGGAAAUCACUGAAGAAGAAUUAAAUUAA